UUCAUAGAAUGAACAAUAAUGCGAAUAUUCGUCAUUCACCGGUUGCGAGUUCCCUGUUUUGAUUUAGUCUUCCCUCAAAUCAAUUGUUAGAGAGGUUAAAUCUUUUAUUUUCUUCCGUGAAAUGUGUACAACUUAAAUAAGAAAUCAUGACUAAAGACGAAGAUUCGUUAGACUACAGUAAUAUUGACUUCCCCCAAGAUCGUAUUUGGUAUCGUAUUCCAGAAUGGGAAGUUAUUUUAAAAGUGACGACAUUUGUCCCAGUGAUUGUGUUUGGCAUCGCCAGUAAUCUCAUCAUUGUUUAUUUGAUUAUUCAAAAUCGUGCCCUACGAACUCCAACCAAUAUGCUUAUUGCUAAUAUGGCCGUUGCUGAUACGGCUGCUCUUCUAAUUUGUCCAAUUAUGUUUAUGUAUAAUGAUUUCUAUCAGAAUUAUAUGAUGGGGUUUUGGGGAUGCAAAACGGAAGGUUUUAUCCAGGGUUCGUUGUUAAUAACAGCCGUAAUAAAUCUAUCAGGAGUGAGUUAUGAUAGGCUUACGGCUAUUGUACUUCCUCUGGAGGCACGUUUGACAAUGAAGGGGGCCAAAGUUGUGAUGGUGUUGACUUGGUUGAUUGGUUUUGCUAUUGCAACGCCUUUGGCGAUCUUCAGGACCUAUAAGGUCCGUCAAUGGAAGAAUUUCAAGGAAAGCUACUGCAAAGAAAACCAAUAUAUUCUACCAAAAUAUUGGUAUUUUCUUAUAUCAGCACUAGUUUGGUUUCCCUUGGCAAUCAUGGUCAUAUCGUAUACAGCAAUAUUUAUCAAGCUUGAUUUGUAUGAAAAGAAAGUCCUAAGCAGAGAUCAUCCUUUAAAUGUUUCGUACAAAAAAACAGCUGCUAAAACUAUGUUCAUUGUCGUUGUUGUAUUUAUUGUUCUACGAGUUCCAUUUACGGUCUUAGUUUUUGUCCGAGCCGAUCUUUUGGGCACCUAUACUGGAACAGUUAAUAACAGCUAUCGAAAUCUCUGGUAUAUAGCACAUUAUUUAAUGUUUUUAAAUGCUGCAGUUAAUCCCAUAAUUUAUGGAUACACAAAUGAUAAUUUUCGAAGAGCUUACGAUCAAACUCCAAUGUUUAAAUGUUGUUCUCGAUGUGGAAGAAUUAGAAAGAAACCUGCAACUGAGGCCGGGGCUCAAAAGAAGCAAUUGUGGUGCUGUCAUAAAUUGUGCAAUUGGUCUGGUGUUCGAAGAACCAACAUGGAAAUGAAUAUGAUUGUAACGAAGACAACUAGAAGUCCCAUUGGAGUGAGAACAAUAACAAAAGAAACUAUAUUGGAUUCAAAACAAACUUUUAACUAUGUCAACGAUCAAAAUGAUGGAUUUAUAUAA